UAUCAGAUGAGAUGAAGCUUUUAGAGGAGAUUCUCAAGUUGAUAGAUGCAUCGAAGGAAGUUUUGGUAAUGGUGAUUGUUCAAUUGGCGUAUGCUGCUAGUAAUAUUGUAUAUAAACUCGCAAUCAGUGAUGGAAUGAACGUGAGAAUCAUUGUCGCCUACAGAUUCAUAUUUGCUACUGUGUUUAUGAUUCCUCUUGCUCUCUUCUUUGAAAGGGGAGCAUUGGCUCAAAAUACAUUUGCAGAAAGUUUAGUCUUGACAUCACCGACAUUCAUUGCUGCUAUCGGUAAUCUUGUACCAGCAGUUACCUUCAUCUUAUCCAUCUUAUUUGGGUUGGAGAAAGCUGGACUAAGAACCAUGGCAGGGAAGGCAAAAGUGGUAGGGACAAUGGUGGGGAUAGGUGGAGCUAUGCUUCUUACAUUCUACAAAGGAUCAAAAAUUAACAUAUGGACAACACACAUCAACUUGUUGAAGCAUUAUCAGCCACAUGAAACCCACAAAGCUUCAUCAUCUCCACGUAAUCGUGCCUUAAGUUGUCUAUUAGGUCUUGCUAGUUGCUUGUCUUUUGCCUUGUGGUUAAUCAUUCAGACAAAAAUGAGUACGAGGUAUCCACUGCCCUAUUCAUGCUCGGCUUUAAUGGUAUUCAUGGCAUCAAUCCAAGCUACUGCUUAUGCUCUUUUCAUGGAGAAAGAUUGGAGUGUAUGGAAGCUAGGCUGGAAUAUAAGAUUGUUCACAGCUGCAUACACGGGGAUAGUUGUCGCUGGGUUGAUGAAUACUCUUAUUAUAUGGUGUGUACGCUUGAGAGGUCCUCUGUUUGUAUCAGUUUUUAAUCCUUUGUUGCUUAUAUUUACUGCAAUUGCGGGAUCCCUAUUCAUCGAUGAAAAUCUAUAUCUUGCAAGUGUGCUAGGAGCGGUGUUGAUAGUAAGUGGGUUGUAUGCAGUUCUGUGGGGGAAAAAUGUAGAGAUGAAGAAGAUGAAUCAGCUUGUUCCCAUGAUAACCUUCCGUGAAGUUGAAAGGAUAGAGUUGCAGGUUAUUUCUAAUUCUCCCACAAAUGACUGUUGUAAGAAUGACGACAAUGUUCAGACACGAAUCAAGGGCAAUAAUAAUUUAGAAAAAAGUUCACAGUGA